AUGGAACGAGAAGAGAAAAGAUUUGUGUACCAUAUUUAUUAUUCUUCUGAUGAGAAUAACGAGAAAGAGGAAAUAGAGGAGGAAAUCUGCCAUAGUGAUAAGUAUUUUCACUCGUUUUUUUUUCCCAUUUUAUUUUUCUGUCUUUUAUUUUUUUUCAACGAAUUAAGAAAACUUCGAAAACGUUUUAACAAAACAAAGCAGUGGAAGAUAAGAACGUUAAAACAGUUACAAAAAAAAAAGGCCAUGGGGUGGGGUCACCUCGGAAGACAUGGCUCAGAUUCCGGCGACGGCGCGGUUGCCGGUCCGAGCACCUCCUCCACCGAGCCACGGCGGUUCCCUCUCGCAGCUCAGCCGGAAAUUAUGCGCGCCGCCGAGAAGGACGAUCAAUACGCCUCUUUCGUUUACGAAGCCUGUCGCGACGCAUUUCGCCACCUCUUUGGUACCAGAGUUGCAGUGGCUUACCAAAACGAGACGAAACUUUUAGGGCAGAUGCUUUACUAUGUUCUCACUACUGGCUCGGGACAGCAAACCCUGGGAGAGGAAUACUGCGACAUUACUCAGGUUGCUGGACCUUAUGGACUUCCUCCUACUCCUGCGAGGCGUGCUCUUUUCAUUGUAUAUCAGACUGCUAUUCCAUAUAUCACAGAACGAAUUAGUUCUAGAAUUGCUUCGCAAGGCAUUGUCCUUACUGACUCAGAGUUUGCUGAGGGUUUUGGUGAAAAUGCCCACAGUAGCCAUAGUUCUCAGAUUUCUGACGCCAGUCUUUCAUCCUCGUCGGGACAAUCUGUUACUACUCUGUCAAGGUUGAAGGGUAAACUGAGUGCAUUUUGGUUGCAUUUGGUUCAGAGAUGGCCUACGAUGCUCCCUUUUGUCCGUGAGUUGUUGCAGUUGGUUCUCCGUGCUAAUCUCAUGUUAUUCUACUUUGAAGGCCUCUAUUAUCAUAUACCCAAACGUGCUGCAAGCAUUCGUUAUGUAUUUAUUGGAAAAGCAUCAAAUCAAAGACCCAGAUACCAAAUACUAGGAGUAUUUCUGUUGAUUCAACUUUGUAUACUAGCUGCUGAAGGGCUGCGUCGAAGAAAUUUUACUUCAAUUGCUGGUUCAGUUCAUCAAGCAUCCUUCACAAACCAUGAUAGAUCAGCAGGGCAUGGUUUGCCUGUUUUAAAUGAAGAGGGUACUUUGGCAACUCCAGAUAUUGACAAAGGAAGUUGGGUCUCUGAAUCUUCAUCUUCUGAGUAUCAUACAACUAGUGGGGUUAGCAAGUGCACACUUUGCCUGAGUAAUCGUCAGCACCCAACUGCUACUUCCUGUGGUCAUGUAUUCUGCUGGAACUGUAUCACGGAAUGGUGCAACGAAAAGCCAGAGUGCCCUCUUUGUCGCACGCCCAUAACACACUCGAGUCUAGUUUGUGUAUAUCAUUCGGACUUCUAGAAUCUGCUCCUCUUUAUGUACAUAUAUAGAAGAUAGCAUCAAAGGCAACAUUUUCUUCAUCUUGGAUCUUACAAGGACUGUAUGAACAUUUGAGCAAUUCAGUUUUGUAUUAGGAUUUCAAUAAUCAAUUUGAUUGCACUAUUAGGUCCAAGUUUCAUCUCUUUUCUUGUAUAAUCUUAUAAUGAA